UUCACGAUCAGAUACUCUGCGCCCGACACGUCAAAUCUCAACUACAUAACCUUGAAUAGUGUCUUGUGAAAGCACACCCUUGUUUUCUAAGCAGAAGUAUAGGAAAUCCACUUAUGGUCUAUCACUAUGGCUGGAAGUUACGACACCAUUGUCUUUCCUGAAGACUCGGGGUUCAGACAAAGCGCAGGUUGUUCGGCGACCCCUCUGAGUUCGGCGCGCCCAUUACUGAUUAAAUGACGUCGAGUCAGACUUUCUUUCGGCCAUCGAGGUAUCGAAUAGCCCAGGUACGGAUUCCCGGAGACACAACAGCAACAAUGAAGUGGACAAUUAUCUACUGGCUCCUACCUCUCGCCUGCGUGGCCCAAAUCCCCGUUGACCCGCUCCCCUUCACACCCCUCAAACCCAAUCCCACCCAGAAGGUGUUUCCCACCACGACCUGGUGCGCAACAGUAACGCCCACCGAGAUCCCUGGUGUAAAGCCAAACGCAACCCUCUCAUGUACGACAUACGCCCCGGAACCGACAGUAUUCGCUCGAUUCAAUCGCAUCCCGAGGGCCCGAGGCCAAGCGCGAUGCUGGUACGACAGCUACGUCGACAGGAUCGAGAUCGAAAAGCGCACGCUGAACACUCAGGCCGAGAUUCUCAAGGGUGUCUACGAGUGCCAGGAUAGGUGCCAGCAGCCGCUCUCGAACGGCAAAGAGUGCAAGUAUGCCGUCUACGUCAAGGCAGGCCCUAGGUCUAAGGACCUUUGCUUGCUAGACAAUCUGGUUUACGACCCGUAUGCUGUUAAUUACCGUGGCCCGUUUGAUUCUUGGCUUUGCAUUGGCAGCGAGAAGAUGCUGCCCGAAAUUGAGGAUGCUCCGGAUACGAAUGAGGGGGAGAUAUAGACUGUUUGGGCGUGGGAGUAUCGAUCAGUUCUGCAUUAAAAUUCGAAGCUUGGAAACAUCAACGCCAUCAAGACGAAAUUCCGGGUACCGUCUGCGAAUGAAGAAUAUACGACAAGGGUAAAUACAGAUGGACCUUACUGAUAU